CUGCACUUUUGGCUCGCCCAUCCACGCACAAUUAUUUGUGGGACUUCCGGCUCCAGCUCGCUCACCGCCUACUCCAACCCGCCUGACCCAGCCCCAGGCCCAGUGACAUGCCAUACACCCACCACCCAAGAUCGGGACGCCGCCAUGGCCGCGCUUAGGGACCGGGGGGACGCCGCCAUUAAGCUCUUCGGCCGCACCAUCCCGCUCCUCGACGCCGCGGCCGAGGUUGUCACCAAGCUUGGAAAUGAUGCAAACAGCAAUGAUGUCAUGCCUUGUGUCUCAAACAAGCUUUUGAAUGUCGAAGCAACUCCUUUCUGUUCCAAGAAUAGAGAGCAGAAUGAUCAAGCUAUCAGCAAACAUGGGGUGGAAGUGAGAACUGGUUUCAAAUCUGAGGAGAUUAAAACUGGGUCUGAUGGAUCUGGCCAAGACAAGGUACUCAAGAAGCCUGAUAUAAUCGUGCCAUGCCCUCGCUGCAAUAGCAUGGAAACAAAGUUCUGCUACUUCAACAAUUACAAUGUUAGCCAGCCUAGGCACUUCUGCAGGAAUUGCCAGAGGUAUUGGACCGCUGGUGGAAAUAUUAGGAAUGUCCCUGUAGGUUCUGGAAGACGCAGAAAUAAGCAUGCCUCUCACUUCCGCCAUGCUAUGAUGUCGUGUGAUGCUAACAUAGCUGCUCCUGGAGAUGUUUCCAAUGAGAUCCACCAUCUAGCUCUUCCACUUUUACCGCAGGUUCUUCCAGGGCCAAUUAAAGAAAAUAAAACAGUAAAGGAGUUCGGAUCUCAAGUGCCAGUUUGUAAGCCUAUGUCCUCAAUCCAUAAUAUUGAAGAACAGAAGGAUACUUACCUUGUUGCCUUGGCCUCUGGUGAUAAUAGCGAAGAACAAUCAUGUCCAUCUCCAGCGACAGUGUCGGGUUGCUCAGAAAAUCAGACGCCGGAUAGCGCAGUUAAAAAAGAACCAAGCAAUGUGUUAGGAUACUAUAAUGGCAUCACAUUGCCUCACCCUCACGGACCUGCUUUGGUGUUUCCCUGGAGUCCUGGAUGGAACAGUAUUGCUGUCAUGGCAGCUGCUCAGUGCUCAACAGAGCCCAUUCAAGGGUUGGAAAAUGUGAAGCACGGUCUGCCGCCGUGGGCGCCUCCAUUGAUGAUGGCAGCUCCAGGAAUUUGCACGCCUGUUGUUCCCUUUCCUAUGAUGCCACCACCACUUUGGAGCUGCAUUCCUGGUUGGCCUAAUGGAAUGUGGAGUUCACCAUGUCCUGGAAAUAAUGGCCCUCCAAACAAAAUCACAUGCUCAGAGGACAAUUCUCCUACACUUGGAAAGCAUUCAAGAGAAUCAGACCUGCAAGAAGAGAAUAGGGAAAACAACGUACAGGUCCCUAAAACUCUAAGAAUUGAUGACCCAUCUGAGGCCACAAAGAGUUCGGUCCGGGAUACUCUAGGCAUCAAACCUGAUGAGAAAGGCUUGUUUGAGCCUUUACAGAUGAAGGUUCUAAAAAAUGACAAGACACCAGAAUCUCCACAGGCUCUGCAGGCCAAUCCAGCGGCCUUUUUGCGCUCCCAGUCGUUUCAGGAGAGGACUUGAGAAGCUUGAUCUUUUGUUUCUAACCAAUGCCAUCAGCCACCAAUGAAUGUUGUUGGGGGAUAUGCCCAGUAUGGUCAGUGUUUUUUGCAGGGCAUCGUCUUGAGUUUAUAUGUUCCUAGACUGCAAGCACUCCUACAGCCAACUCAAAUCAAUUAAAGAUCUACCAGUGCUCAACUUUUUGUUCAGCCAUUGUGUAGGUUGGUCAGAUGUUUCUGCUUCUUCAGGGAGUAUAUUUAUGUAAGACAUGCAGCGAGUUUUCUAAGCACUGGUCAAGUUUGGAAAGUGGCAUGGUUCAUCGAAAUGGUCAGCGAAACAUAGAGAACUAUUGUCUGCUGGAAUUCAGAGCAUGCUCCAUCUGCAAGCAUGAGACCUAUAGCCCUUACAUUGAUGAAGCCAAAAUGUUAAUUAUGAUGUUCUCUUCCGUUUUAGGAGGAUUGAUGCUCUGAUGUUUGUAUGUAGCUAACAUGUUCUCAAGUUUAUGAAAUGAUUGUUAUGCUAA